AUGGAGGGCACUGUGGUCACGUGCUGCUCCAACUCGUUUGCUGUUGGUCAACAACUUAUAUGCUUCCGGUGGGCUUCGGGAGUUUGUGACAGGCAGGCAGCCGGUGUUUGGAGUAGGUACGUGUCAUUUCACAGCUGUUUAACAGUAAAAAUGGGAAGAAGUUAUAUAGUUGAUGUUGUAGUGGAGAAAUACUUAUCCAGUAUUGGUGCGAGUGGUGCAGUCUGUAGAACGGGUUUACUAAUUGGUCAGUCCUCACCCCAACGAGACUUUGUGGUGCUAUCUACCAAGACUCCUCAAAGAGGCAGCGAGAGCAGUGGUACACUGGAUGAUGUUGACGUUGACUGGGUGACAGAGCAUGCGAAACAGGUGUCCUCAAUGCUACCUGGUGGACUGUCUGUGCUUGGAGUUUUCCUGAUCGUUCCUCCAGAGCUGUCAAAGGAAGCUACGAAUGUUCUGCGAAAACUAGUGUUUGCUGUUGAGAAGUACUUAACUAAAGAAAGACUCUGGAACGACAGAGACGAGGAUGUCUCGGACAGAGUGGCCCUUCAGAUCUGUUCCAAAACCAGGAAAGUCAUUUGCAAAACGUUUGACGUAAAAGACCCAAAGACCUCCGCUAAGCCAGCAGAAUGGAAGUACCAGAGCGGCGUGUCGUCCACCUGGCCGCUAGUUACGUGCUCCGUCGGCAUAAACCUGCGUCUCCCAGUGUCUGACAAGUCUUUGGAGGACACACACAGGUGUGUCAGAGAGGGACUGCAGAGGUGGGCGAAGAGCAUCUCCUCCGGCACUUGUCUCAUCAACGGCAAGUUCAUGUCACCUGACACGGAGCUGAUGGGUGGUGGUGGGCAGAAGAAGAACCCCAAACAGGGGCAAUCGAAGAUCCAGGCCCAGCUUCUCCUGCCCCCGGAGCAGUGUCCGCCAGAGCAGACCACCUGCGCAGUGUCCCAGCCGACUGCCUCGGUGCUCAUCAGGGGCCAGGUGUCCUGCAGGGCCUACGUCCACUCCAACAAGCCCCGGGCCGGCCAGGCAGCUGAGGCCAUCAAGAGGGACAUCCUCAACACCGUCUCCAGCAGGGUGGACAUGCUGUACGACGACCUCUUCAUGAACCAGUCAGAGGUGGGCAGCGGAGGACCGAAGAAGGCGGUGGAGAAGAGCCACAGUCUGCCCCUGAGAGUGUUCGCCCCCGUGCCAGAGUCGGCGUUCUGCGUGUGCGACUACAUGUUCCCGGACGAGUGUGUGUCCGCGGUGGCGGAACACUUCCAGGAGAUUCUAGAUCGCAGCGUGGCGGAGGAGAGCAUCGUCACGGGCCUGGAGGUGAGCAGAGAGGACACGCGCACCAACACACCUGGGCAGCACCACACAGCAGGUGACCGGUGUCAGGAGGACACGGAGGAGACACUACCUACACAGCUACACCACAGUGGGCCACCUCAACCCCAAGAUGACGUCCCCAAAAAACAGCAGGGCCUGCAGUACUAUGUUAGGCUGGCAGUGGCAGGAGGAGUAGCCAUGUUGGCAGCAGCCAUGUCUAUGCUGUACCUGGGAGAGGAAUGAUAGAAAAACGACUGUGCACAACAGGACUCACAGAUUUGCUUAUGGGAUAACGUGUAAUUAAGAGAGAUAUUUUGUAAUUGCAAUGAUCAAUUCUAUAUACAUACCGGACUGAAUUAUAAUUCAAAUUAGGGAUGGGUAUUGGCAAAGGGUUCAU